AUGGCGACCCCCGCAGCUAUCGACCUUGACCAGGUUCUGUAUGCACGCGCAAGAUGGCGCAAGACGAUUCUGAUCCCGCUAUGGACCUUCCAGAUGCUCGUGUUGCUAUGUCUCAUGGGCCUCUUUGCCUACCGUCUGGCUGAGACUUUUGACAACUGGGAGCAGGAGAUCGCAGAAGGCAAGGUUCCCGUCGUUGAGGUUGUAUGGGAAGCCACAAACGUAGGCUUCAACACGAUUGCCCUCAUCCUCAACAUCAUCGAAAUAUCGCGCAAAGCCACCGAGUGCCUGACCCCCUUCCUCAUGGUCUGCACGCACAUCCUCAAGUUAACCCUAUCCUUCGCCGUGCUCGCCCUCGACAUCGUCGCCGUCAGGGAGAAGAUGGAUAAUCACUACUCCACCAUCGGCCUCUCCCUGGACUGCGGCCUGCUGGCAGCCACCCUGUCCUCCUUCGUCUACGCCGUGCACACAUACCGCCGCCUACUCAAAUACGAAGACUACCACCUCACCGCCAACGCGCGCCAGCAGUUAUACGGCCAGCUGGCUGAAGAUCGCAGCUCCACACAACUCGGGGGCAGGCGAGUAUCAAAAUUUUACAACCGGACCUACACUACCGAGUACCACGAGGACUACGCCGACUCCUUCUACACGCGCACCGAAUACCCCUCGCAACUAUCCCGGGUCUCCCGGCAGUCUUUGACAUACUCCCCUUACUCCUCCUCCAUCCCCCAACAAGCCCCCGACCCCGUGCCCCCCCCGUCCCUGACAGGCGAGGAACUCAAACGCCAAAUCGACCGUGCGCUAGGAAGCGAAUUUGGCUGGGACAGCAACACGGCCGCUGCGGCUGCCGCAGUCGCCAUCGCGACACGUGAAGUCAGCCCGACCAGCAGCGACGGGCAACUGCCGCCGACGCCGAGCACGACCACGGCAGUGACAGCUACAACAACCGGUGGCACACCCGGCACAACGUCAGUGAUGAUUCCGACGCCGACGUCAUCGGUUGCGCCGUCAAUAGCCGCUGCUGGUGCGGCCUCUGGCAGUAGGAGGAGGUCUGGAAGCGUUGUAGUUGGGAGCGGGAUGGCGCCGGUUAGGCAUGUGCAUUCGGAGAGUGUGGAUGAUGGGGGGGUGAGGGUGGAUAAAAGUAAGAGUGCGGAGGUUGUUUUUGACCGGGGUCAGGAAGGGGGGGAAGUGAGUGAGGUGUAG